AUGGAAGAGAAUAAUAAUGGCUCUCCAGAUAAUAACAACAAUAACAAUGAACAAGAUAGUGAACAACAACAACAAAAUAGCAAUAAUAAUGUAACAUUAUUACAACCAUCGGCUGUACAUGAUACAGGUAAUCCUUUACACAAGUUGUUUCAGUCGGCUGCUAGUGGAAGUGGAUCUCCGAUACCGACUGCUUCACCACCACCAAAACCAUCGAUCGAUGACAGCAACAAUGUAAUGAGAUUCUUUCAAAAUAUUACACCGACACCAACACCACCACCUCCAACACAAUCACCACCACCUCCUUCUUCCAUUGUAUCAUUCUUAGAGAAUUCUAUCCUACAGCAACAAAUCAAGUCAAAUACACCACCACCACAACAACAACAACAACAACAACAAAAUGUAGAUAUAAAUCAACAACAACAACAACUAAAACAACAGCAACAACAACAACAACAAGCAAUUAAUACAUCAUCAACAGAUUUAACACCAAACAAGAAAUCUUUGAAACAAUCAAUUGGUGGUGCUUUACCAAAUCUUAAUUUCGGUGGUGAUGUAAAUAGUACGUCGAUCUACAAGCACAACGGUGUUUAUUUGAGUGGAAAGGAUAUCGAGGUCGAUGAAUGCCGUUCGCUGUCGAAAUUGGCGGAUUUGGAAACACAGCACAUCACAGUGAUGCCAUGCGCUAUCAAGUACAUCUGGGGAUCGAUGAUCUCGGUCAAUGCAAACUACAUCUGCUAUAUUGUGAAGGGCGAGAAGAUCAGAGUGCUCGAGAGAUCGUCGACACAGCGUGCACUCGUCAAGGAUAUCCGCGGUGAGAUUUCACACAUCCAAUUCAUUGCCGAUCAGAUCGAUCUGCUGUCGUGCUCGACCACCGACGGUCUUGUCUACCUCUUUGACAUCGCCCUGAAUGCGUCCACCAUCACACCGCAACUCCUCACACAAUUCACGCUGGAUCCCGCCAGCAACCACCCGGCAAAAGUAAUCAUGCCCAAGACAGCAUGGUCGCCAAUUGCCACAAGAAACAAUUUGCAAUUCACUGUUGGUGGUGCCAAUAUCCAUGCACUCUAUGUUUAUUCUCAGCAGCAACAGGAUCAAUCAUCUUCACCGGUCACCACCACCACCACCGCGACCAAUGCAAUGGUUCCGCGUAAGAUUCCACUGGCAGCACCGAGUCACGCGUUCAACUACGACUCGACUGGAAAUCGACUGGUGUUUGGAACGGAGGAUGUACCAACUACCGUACCAGGCAUCGAUCCACUUUAUCUCGUUCAUCGACGCCAACACUAUAGUGGUCGUAUCCAAGCGACCGGUGUCAACUUCCAUUCAAUCCAGGAGUCAGCUUUGUUCUUGCCGUCCGACCAAUACAUCGAAGGCGACUCGAACGUCGUUCAACAAUUUGGACAAAUCGAAGCCAUUCCCAUCUUGUUUGCGCCAACCUCUAUCGCAGGUGACCAGCCACCCAACAAAAUGUUUGUUCCAUCUUCCCCACCACCACUCUCCCUCCCGGAUCCAAGCAUGUUGAAGGCGGAAAUGGACAGUUUCGAUCAAGCGGAAUCAGGUAGUGACUCUGAUAAAUCUGCAACUGGCGCCACCGGUGACAAACAGCAAAAGAAGAACAAAAAAGUUAAAUCACCACCGACCUCCGUUGUCAAUCUGAACACAGCCGAUUCACUGCUGCCAGUUGCCUCGCCCGUUAGCAACAACAACGGCGAGCAACUCUUGAGUCCAAACGCUAUUCAACAACUCCAACAGGUGACCUCACCAAUCCAACCACAAAAGAAGCCAGCUGCUUCUACCACCCCAACUGCAACCACUCCAACUGCACCGGUCCAGAAAGAUAAACUCACUGCCACCAUUGGAGUACCACCCAAGACUACACCAACUAAAACUGGCGGAUCCACCUCUACCACUCCCAAGAAGAUUCCUUCUUUCAAGCAAGCUUCCAUUAGCAUUCCAAGCUCAUCGAGCACUGCCACUUCCACCGCUGCUUCUACAACUCCCUCCGCUUCUUCUACCACGCCAACAUCGACCACACCAACCAUCCCAUCGAUUGCAGUGCACCAACAAGAACAACAGUCAAGUGCACCAUCAACACCACCACCACAAGCAACUACACCAGUACCAACUGCUACCGUUCCCACAACAACUGCCACAGAGACAACAUCACCAAACAACAACAACAACAACAACAAUCUAUCAAACUCUAGUGACCGUUUGGAGAAAUUGAUUGGCAAACAAAUGGAACUUUUUGAAAAUGCCAGAUCCGAGCAAACUAUCAAUGCAAUUCAAAACAGUGUUCAAGCAACCGUCAAAGCCACUUUGGAAAAGAUUGUCAAGAAAGAGUUGGCUCCAAUGGUAGCAAACCUCGAGAAAACGAUUGCUGCUUCACAUGAACAGCUGCUGCUAAAGGUAACUCAAGACGCAGUAAAGAAACUCUCUUUGAAAUCCGAUUCAGUCUUAAAGAACUCUAUGGAUUCAAUUAGCUCUCAGAUAAAGUCAUCGGUUGUUACCGAGGCAAUCGAAGCAUCGGUCAAACCAGUCGUUGAAUCGGUAUUCCUAAAUUACUUCCAGAACAUGUUGGUGCCUGGCUUUGAGAAGAGCUGCAACACAAUGUUCCGACAACUGAGUGCCUCUUUCGAUAAGGGCAUGACAGAGUUGCUUCAACACAAUUCACUCUCGUCGCAAGCACAAUUCCUGAGUAUGGAGAAGUUGAUCGGUGAGAAGAUGAAGUCGGAGCGUGACGAAAUGCAACAAGUCAUCUUCCAACUGUUGAAACAACAGAGUGAGAUGCAACAGGAUAUCAAGUAUCUACUGUCUGCCAUUGGUUCGCCACAUCACCAUGUCGACAAUAGAAAUCCAAUGAACGGUCCACCACCACCACUCAUGACUGGUAAUCCACUGUCAGACUCUGCCAACAUUAUGCAUCAACAUUUCUAUUCUCCACAACAGCAACAACAACAACAACAACAACAGCAGCAACAGCAACAGCAACGAUUUAUGAAUUUCCAAUUACCACCCCCACCUCUUCAACAACACCUCAUGUCACCAAUCAUUGCUUCACCGCCACAACUACCACCAGCAACUGCAUCGAGAGCAUCGAUUCUUCAGCCAUAUCCAGAACUCAAGUCAUUCAUUGAGAGUGGUGACUAUUCAUCUGCCUUUAACUUUGCACUCAACUCUAAGAACUUGAAGAUGGUAGUCGAUCUGUGUUCUGCCACCGAACCAGCCGAAGUUUACUCCUCUAGAAAAUCAUUGCACAACACAACCAUCAUUUCACUGAUACAACAACUCUCCAAUGAUUUCAUUUCAGACAUUGACCUGAAAUUGAAAUGGAUCAAAGAAUCACUGCUCCACUUUGACAUCAACGAACCAUCGAUCAAAUCAGUGGCAACACAGAUUCUUCAUUCACUAAAGUCAAAGAUUGAAACCAACCCACAUCUAGUAUCGAAAGAAUACUAUGCUCCUCCAAUUCUUUCAACACUCAAACUUAUGUUGAAGUGA